AUUUAGUAAUUUGCUGUCCUUUCUGUUUAAUAUGCCGUGAAAUUGUAGUUACAGAUGCAGCUGUAGAGUUUAAGCUAGCCUAAUGGGUAAUUACCAGCGUAGUUGUCUUACUGAGGCAGUGUAUCCCAAUCAUGCUUUUUAGGGUAAUGGUGCAGUUGAGUCAGCAGUAAGAAAUCUGGUGUCUUUGCUGCUUAACAACAUAUCCACAAAUCCUUCAGGGAGGCCAACAGAGAGUGGGCAGCCGGAGCCUAGAACUCUGACUAUCCAGCAAGAGAUGACAAGAUCAUUUCCAGGACAUUUCAAAUCAAACUUGAGCCGUGGUAAAAAGAGAUGUUUUACAUCUACUAAACAGCUUGUUAAGGCAGGCAGUAAGACCACAGGCCUCAGUUUUUAUUUGCUGUCAAAAAACACAUCCUACACUCCUUUGCCAGCUGAGGAGCUUGAACUCCUACAAGCUGGCAUGGGGAGACAAACCGUGUCUCUUCCAGAAGAUGGUGACCAUGCAGAGAUUUCAAGACUUCUGGAAGAAACCUUUCCAAAAAUGGAAUAUCUUUGUGGAGGAUGGCUCUUGCAUAAGGCAACAGGUGGCAGUGGUCGACGAAAGCUCACUGUAAUUCCACCUGAAACAGAAGGAUAUUCUGUCAAAACACUGAAAGCUGUGUCAGGAGGUGGCAAAUCCACUUUUUACAUUGUACCUCUUCAGGAAACAUUAGACACAUCUCCUCUACCUCCCGACUCACAGCACUUUUCAAAGAUGCCAAAGAAGUUAUGUUACCAGUGUAAUGAAGUUAUGCCUCUGCAGAUGCUUGCAGUACACAUUAAUACGUGCAAAGGAAAAUUCUCUCCUGAUGAGACUGAUGAUGAGGAAUCUGAGUUAUGCAUUGUGAAAAGCAAAUGCAAGGUUAUUUGUCCAAUAUGCACUAAGGACUUUCCUGAAGAUGAGAUCACAGUCCACGCAAGUCUGUGUGGGGAUAGCUUUCAAUGCAUGGUGCCUGAAGAAAAUGACCAAACUACAUGCACACCAACUCAAACUUCAGUAUGCACAACAGACAGCGUGGAAGAUGUAUUGCGUUGCCUUGAACAACAAGUCGACACCACAACAGAAUUUAAGUUGUGUGUGGACAGAGAAGACCUUCCAGACAGAGGCAUUCUCCAGUGGCAGAGAAAAAAAUCUGCAUCUCCCACCAGUGUUCUUAGGGUGGUUUUCAUUGGAGAGGCAGGCGUGGAUACAGGAGCACUUAGGAAAGAGUUUUUGAGUGACAUGAUUUCAGGUAUUGAAAGCAGAUUCUUUGAAGGACCUGAGAACAAGGGCAAAAACCCCAAGUAUUCUCUGACCGAUCUUGAUAAUGAAAACUUCAGAACUGUUGGUGAAAUAAUUGCAGUCAGCCUCGCCAAGGAGGCCCAUCUCCUGCUUUUUCAAAGAAUGGUUGAAGAUGCAGCAGACAUACAGUCUCUGAUGUUGUGGGCUGAUGAAAUUGUCACCUGUGGAUACACAAACCAGAUAAAGAUGGAUAGUAAGGAAAGCAUGAUACGUGCCAUUGUCUUACACUCUACAACAAGACUGAUUCCAAUGCUACAGCAGCUCAGAAAGGGCAUGGAACUGUAUGGUCUUGUGAACCUGAUGGCUGUAAAUCCUGAAGCUUGCCACAGUUUGUUUGUGCCUGGGAAAAUCCUCAAACCAGACGCUGAUUUCAUUAUGAUGAGCUGCCAACCACAUUUCAGUGAAAAGGGGACAUCUAGGGAGAGAACUGAGAGGAAGAUCAUAAAUUUUUUGCAAGAUUUCUUGCAGGAGAUUGAAGCAUCAGCAAAGAAAUCCAGUAUUUGA